CUCCACUUGGCUUCCCCUCAUGUCACCAGCAACUGCUGUCUAGAUCCCACGGGCUAGUCUAUCGGAAAGCAUGACUUCCAAGGUCGCAAAGAAUCUGGCUCAGGACUUUCUGUCCUUUGUCAAUGCCUCUCCCACCCCCUUCCAUGCGGUUCAAUCCGCCAAAGAUCUUCUGAUAAAGGCUGGGUUUCAGGAACUCAAAGAGAAGGACUCUUGGGCAUCCACCUGCCGACCGGGUGGGAAGUACUACUUGACUCGCAACAGCUCGACGAUUGUGGCCUUUGCCGUGGGGAAGAAAUGGCAGCCGGGAAACUCCAUUUCCAUGGUCGGUGCCCACACCGAUUCGCCCGUCUUGAGAGUCAAACCCGUGAGCAACAAGCGCGGGGAAGGCUAUAUCCAAGUGGGGGUGGAAACCUACGGCGGCGGGCUCUGGCACACAUGGUUCGACCGUGACCUAGGUGUCGCUGGUCGGGCAAUGGUCCGAGCGGCAGACGGCUCUAUCGUGCAGAAACUGAUCAAGGUCGAUCGCCCGAUCCUCCGGAUCCCUACUUUAGCCAUCCACCUGGAUCGCCAGGAGAACUUUGCCUUUAACAAGGAAACGCAGCUGUUCCCCAUCGCCGGUCUCGUUGCUGCCGAGCUCAACCGCACCGGAGAGUCGAAGAAUGGCGGCGAGAAGGAGGCCUCCAAGGGCGACGAACAAGCGGAGUUCUCGCCCCUCAAAGCCAUCACGGAGCGUCACCAUACCUACUUUGUCGAACUCCUGGCCGCCGAAGCCGGCGUGAAGCCCGCUGACAUCGUGGAUUUCGAGAUGAUCCUCUUCGACACGCAAAAGUCCUGCCUCGGUGGUUUGCUGGAAGAGUUCAUCUUUUCCCCUCGCCUGGACAACCUGAACAGCUCGUUCUGUGCCACCAUCGGAUUGAUUGACUCCGUGGCGGAGUCCUCUUCCUUGGACGAUGAGCCGGCCAUCCGACUCGUGGCGCUGUUUGACCACGAGGAGAUCGGCAGUUGCACCGCGCAGGGGGCCGACUCCAACAUGCUUCCGGCCAUCAUCCGCCGUCUGUCCGUCCUGCCCUCAUCGGCUUCCGGUAACGCCGAUCUCUCGACUGCCUAUGAGCAGACGCUCUCAACUUCCUUCCUUCUCUCCGCCGAUAUGGCCCAUGGCGUCCAUCCGAACUACAGCGGGAAGUACGAGGCCGACCAUCGACCAGAGCUCAACAAGGGCCCGGUGAUCAAGAUCAACGCCAACGCACGCUAUGCGACGAACUCUCCGGGCAUUGUCCUCCUGCAGGAGGUCGCCCAGAAGGCCGCCGAGAAUGACCGCCCGGGGGUGCCGCUGCAACUCUUUGUGGUCCGCAACGACUCCAGCUGCGGAAGCACCAUCGGUCCUAUGCUGUCCGCCGCCCUGGGUACGCGGACCUUGGAUCUGGGCAACCCACAGCUGAGCAUGCACAGCAUCCGCGAGACGGGAGGCACUGAUGAUGUGGAGCAUUCGAUCCGACUGUUUGCCAGCUUCUUCAAGCAUUACUCGGCCACUUCGAAGACGAUUUUCGUGGAUUGAACAUGUGAAUUAAUUAUAGAUAUUACGCAUCCACUACUUUUCAGGUAGAAUAUAGUUCACAAGUAC